AUGGACUCCGUCAGUAAAGUUGUUCCCGUCGAUCUAUCGACGUAUCUUCGAUGCUAUGGCUCGACUCUCCCCAAGGUAGUCAAGAUCACAGAGGGUUUUUAUGGAGAAGACACUUUAGAGGCUGACCAAAUACUCGUUAUCUACAAAGUCGAGAAGCAGAAAAUGCUAAUAGGCCUUGAUCACUACAAACAAGAGGUUUGUAUACCACGAAAUUCGAAACGGAAAGUUUUGCUUCUUCCACCCGGGAGUGAAGAAGAAUACAACUCAUUACAAGAAUUAUUCGAUGUUCAUCGGACGCCGUAUUUCCGCGUUUUAGAAGACAUUCCUUCGCAUGGAAUUUCUUCAGAAACAACGCUGAUACUGUUAGGCGGCCGACCUAUUCGUAACAACUCCGUGAAAUGUGAACUGAUUGGUUUGCAUAACUCCAAGGAAAUUUUUCUACCAAUUCAACUAAGAGGUAAAUUUCAGCCGCUCUUGGAUGCGAGGGAGUACUACCUGGAAGAGGUUCUUGAGCAGUUUCAGGUUCCUGUCAACAUUCGAUUUGUUUAUCAAUCACAAGCGAAUACUGAUCCAGGCGGUGGACUCUUGACAAAUCCGGGGAAUGUGUGUCUAACCAAAGAAACCGAAGUAGAAAUGGUGUUUGCAGCUUUGCCUGAUGAUCAAUUGUCCCUGUAUGUUUUCCCAAGAACACUAGAAAUUUAUGUUAGUUGUGGUUUCAGACUCACGGCAGACACAAGCAAAAAGAUCAAAGCAUGCAGACAGAGUCUUGCAGAGAACGAAAAAUCAUUAAAACGACUUGACAGAAUAAUUGCUAGUUCUGCAUUUUUAAGCGCCUUCCCAGUUAGGUUCUUUGAAUUGGAAUCGCUCCAACCCCCGUCAGUAGCACUGAUUCCCAAGAAGACGAAAACAACCGGCGUAAAACCUGAAGAGACAGCCAUGACGAAAGAACCAGAGCGUGACCGUUCACAAUCAGAGUGCAUCUCAGAAUCUUUGUGUCAAGAUGAAGACGACUAUGAAAACAUAGAAACUGAAUGGAAUGCUGUUAAGAGUGUUGAUUCGGAAACUUUAGAAAAGGUCGCAGAUGAGGCUCCACCUCUUCCCCCAAAGACUCUCCGCCAAGCAAAACCACCGUUGAUAAACUCGGACGUCACACAAAUUCAAAGCCCUGAAACUAACUGGAAACCGGUUCCCAAAUCAAGGAAGCGUCUCAAUGCCAUGUCGUUGCGGUGUCAGGGUGACUCCAACGACGAACCUGCGUCUUCACAAACUCAAGACUCAAGCUCAGGUCAUGAUUUAACCGGUAGGUCUGUAUCUUCGCAGUCCAGCAGUUCCUCUGGAAAUGAUGACUAUGAGCGCGGCCCUGACUUGCCACCCAAGCCCCUUUUUCUAAGAGCUUUGGAGACAAGUGAAGAAAGAAAUGCUGCUUUAGGCGAAAGUCCACCACCUAUACCUCCAAGACCGGUUAAUUCAGCAUUGGCUGAAGGUUUGGCCUACUUAGUGGUUGACGUCACGGACUGGAAAGCAGUUGAAGAGAGAGCUCUGUACACCGAUCCCAUGGAUGAUGGGAAAAGUUUUGUACCAGGUGGUAUUUGUCAACUGAACGACGACGACAACACCUAUGUUGAUAUGAAAUGUAAGGAUUCAGGAUUGACUGAAAAGUACCCAAACGAGGCUUCUUCUGACUCUGAUCAGGAUGGAACGGACAUUUAUGAAGAAGUGGAAAGAAAUGCUGAGUGCACAUCAGUUGAAGAAAAGGUCACAAAAAUAGUGGAGGACUAUUCUGUUUACACGAAUGCAAGAGAUGAUGGACAGGUCUUCAGACUCCAUGAUGCCGAACAUUUGACUUGUCCACUGAAUGACGAACCAACGUACCUUGAAAUGAAACCGGACCGUCAAAACCUGGAAGACCGGAAAACAUACCAUGAGGUUGCAGAUUGCACUGAUUCCAAUGCAGCCUGUCUUUUAAACCACGGCGAGAAUCCUGAACUCGGAGAUGGUGGUAGAAGAGAUAAAGCCAAGGCACCAACAAGUUUCGACAAUCACAGUAAGGUAAAAGAGGCAUCUUACCAGGAGAUGGAAGGGCCCCAAGAAACUUCAGAAAAGAAGAAAACGGCAGCGAUUGAGACGGCAACAAAUAUUUCUGGUACACAACCAAGACCUGUUGUCACCAAAACACGUCAUCACACAGCGAUUGCUACCAAUCAGAGGGAUGAGAGGAAUUUCAUCAUUUCCAGCCCAAACGAAGAUGAUUUUAUGGAUUUUAAGGAUAUCCAACGGCAUUUCAAACUUAUGAAUGAACUAAGGAAAGUUAAUGCUAGGGUAGCCGAUUUAGAAAAACAAGUCGCAACAAAAGACGAGCUGAAACUAGUAGAAGCCCAUAAGCAGCAAUUACCAGCUGGUAACGCCUCACAACUUAAGCGCGAUGAAGAUUCGAAAAAAACGAAGAGCAACACCCAUGACAAAAAUCACAAUGACCUCGACUCCUCCAAACCAUUUUGUGAACAUUCACAAAGAAAAGCCAAAUUACACAAAAAAGAAAAUUCUAUAGGGAAAAUGCAGACUAAACAAACAGGACUGCCCUCAACCCUAAACCUGAACUUUGGUCCUCUGAGGGCGAAGCUUGAUCGAGGAGAUUAUCCCAUUAGUCCCCAAGGGCAGGGAAUAAUUGACAAGUUCCCCACCCAUGACUCCAACGACGAAGAAGAUCAGGUCUACGAAGAAAUUCCUGAGAACAUGAGCUGUGGGAAUUCAAAGCGUAAUCAAGAUGAUUGUUCCAAUACUCUCCCACGCCACGUCGAAAAAGAAAAACCCUUUAAUUCAGAUUCGGACGAUGACGACGAUUACGAAGAAUGUUGCGACCGACAUUUUAUCAAUCAAGAACCAAAAAUGUUGCACAAAAACUUUGAUGAAGAAGAAUUUGCAUACUGUGAUAUGAAUGAUAUACCCUAUCAGUCAAAACAGGUCGAAAAAGAAACUGAACCCUAUAGUUCAGAUUUGGACGAUGACGACGAUUACGAAGAAUGUUGCGACAGACAUUAUAUCAAUCACGAACCACAAAUGUCGCUCAAAAACUUUGAUGAGGACGAAUUUGCAUACUGUGAUAUAAAUGAUGAACCCUAUCAGUAUGUGGAAACUAAUCGAGUCAGUGAGAGAGUGGACGAUGAAGACAGACUUGGUGCAAUCUCCUCCAAAACUGUAGAGGUGACAAAAGGCGACCGAGUAUCGCGUUAUCUGCAGCUUGACAACCCUAGCGAGGAGGAAGAUUCUGUUUAUGUUAAUGUCGAAGAUGAAGAAAGUGAUUCAGACCAACUCAAACGGAAUGUGCUUCAAAUAACGGACAAAAGAAAGAGAGAGGCCACGUCUGAAAAAAUUUCUGGCGAACAAGAAACCCGUAACUUACAUGAACUACUUGUAUCAGAACUCCCAAGUGUGUGA